AAUGGAUUUAGAGUUUUGCAAAGAUUCAUAGAAUUGGGGUCUGCCACCUGCUCAGAGCUGGAAUCCAAAUUACAGCAUCCCAGCAGAUGGCUAUCCAGUAUUUGCUUGAACACAUCCAGUGAAAGGGAGACCACUCUGGGGAUAAACCCAGCCUGUACAUAUGAAACAAACAGUGGCUUUCUUAAGACUGACCGGCUUGAUUGACCAGGUGUAAAUGAACACACACAUGUAAUUUUAAAGGGAGGGAAUGUUGAAAAUCCCCUUUUUCUUCCUUUGCAGAGACUUUUCGUUCUGCAUUUGGCAGCAUAAAGGGCCACCAUGCCAACCAUUGUGGUUGUGGAUGUGUCCCUCUCCAUGACUCGGCCGGUCUCCAUUGAAGGCUCUGAGGAGUAUCAGCGGAAGCAUUUAGCAGCACAUGGCCUGACCAUGCUCUUUGAACACAUGGCUACCAACUACAAAUUGGAGUUUACAGCCUUGGUUGUCUUUUCGUCUCUCUGGGAGCUGAUGGUCCCCUUCACAAGAGACUAUAACACCCUCCAGGAAGCCUUGAGUAAUAUGGACGAUUAUGACAAAACAUGCUUGGAGUCAGCCCUGCUAGGAGUUUGCAGUAUUGUGCAGCAAGAGUGGGGGGCUGCCAUUCCCUGCCAGGUUGUCCUCGUCACGGAUGGCAGCUUGGGCAUCGGAAGGGGCUCCCUCCGCCACUCCCUGUCUACCCUCAGCCAACGGGGUGAGAGCAACCGGUUCCCGCUGCCUUUCCCGUUUCCAUCCAAGCUCUACGUCAUGUGCAUGGCUAACCUUGAAGAGCUCCAGAGCUCCGAUUCUUUAGACUGCCUUGAACGGCUCAUUGAUUUAAAUAAUGGAGAGGGGCAGAUUUUUACCAUCGAUGGACCGCUUUGCUUGAAAAAUGUACAGUCGAUGUUUGGAAGGCUAAUAGAUGUGGCAUACACACCCUUCCAUGCUGUUCUGAAAUGCGGCCACUUGUCUUCAGAUGUGCAGGCUUUUCCCAGGCCAGAGCCUUUCGUUAUAGACGAAGAAAUCGAUCCAGUCCCCAAAACCAUUAAUACAGAUCUGGAAAUUGUUGGCUUUAUUGACAUAGCAGAUAUCUCAAGCCCCCCUGUCCUGUCCAGACAUCUAGUAUUGCCCAUUGCGCUCAACAAAGAAGGUGACGAGGUGGGUCCAGGGAUUGCCGAGGACAUUGAAGAUGAGAAUUCAGCAAAUCAGAUUGCGGGGAAGAUCCCCAACUUCUGCGUGCUCCUUCACGGAAGUCUGAAAGUGGAAGGCAUGGUGGCUAUUGUUCAGUUAGGGCCUGAAUGGUAUGGGAUGUUGUAUUCUCAAGCUGACAGCAAGAAGAAGUCUAACCUAAUGAUGUCUCUCUUUGAGCCGGGACCUGAGCCACUUCCUUGGCUGGGCAAGAUGGCCCAGCUUGGCCCCAUCUCAGAUGCUAAAGAGAACCCAUAUGGUGAAGAUGACAAUAAAAGCCCUUUCCCUUUGCAACCCAAGAACAAACGAAGCUACGCCCAGAACGUAACAGUGUGGAUUAAACCAAACGGUCUCCAGACAGACGUACAGAAGAUACUCAGGAAUGCAAGGAAACUCCCGGAGAAAACACUGACCUUCUAUAAGGAACUAAAUCGGCUGAGAAAGGCCGCCUUAGCCUUUGGGUUUUUGGACCUGCUGAAAGGGGUGGCUGACAUCCUGGAGAGGGAGUGCACCCUCUUGCCUGACACGGCGCACCCCGAUGCGGCCUUCCAGCUCACCCACGCAGCUCAGCAGCUCAAAAUGGCCAGCUCUGGCUCCUCGGACUACGCCACUUACGACCACAACAUCACACCGCUGCAGACGGACUUCUCUGGCAGUGGGACGGAGCGGAUAUGAUGAGCUCUUCGGCAGAGACUCUCUCGAGGAUGUGCGUCCUAUUCGUGUCGAGUCUGCUUUCGUCACCAGGAAUGGACUUUCAUUAAACUUGUUCCCUUUGUACUUCCCUUUUCCUUCUUUCAUAAAAAUCCAGGGAGGGAGGAUGUUCCUGUCUCUAAAACCAGCCCACUACAAGUUAAAGUCAUGAUGCUCUUCCCAAAGCUUUUUUUGAUCACUAA